AACUCAAAGGGGGUGCCCUAUGAGUUUAUUCAAGAAGACCUCAUUAACAAGAGCCAAACACUAAUCCAACUAAACCCAGUUUAUCAUAAGGUACCAGUUCUAGUAGUGGAUGGCAAACCUAUACCAGAGUCACUUGUCAUCUUGGAAUACAUUGAUGAAGUUUGGAAUGAUAAGGACUGGCAGCUUCUCCCAAAGGACCCCUAUAUUAGGGCUAGAAUCAGAUUCUGGGCUGGUUUCAUCUAUCAGAAGUUGUUGCCAAAUUGCCAUACGAUCAUAUCAACAUUCGGGGAAGAACAAGACAAAGUAGCAAGAGAGUUUAUUGAGUACCUGAACAUACUGGAGGACGGGCUGAAGAAAGAGUUUCCCUGGUUAUGGAGGCUCAUUGUCGCCGUUUGUCCAUGGUGAGAAGCCUGGAUUGCUUGAUCUGGUCAUUGGCUCUUUAUCACCUGUGUUUAAGGCGCUUGGAAAGGUUGCCGGAGUGGAGCUGCUGAUGAAGGAAAGGACACCGUUCUUAUGGUCCUGCUGUGCAGCCUUUGUCAAUCUGGACAUUGCUAAGGACUUCAUUGUACCUCAUGACGAAUUGUUUGGGGUCUAUAAUGGUCAAGCGGGAGAAGCUGUGUGUCACCGUUGGAGCUUGAGAGCAGUCAGCCAUGUUGUUUACAGGGUUUGGUGUGUUUCCCUAGGUUCAAAUAAGGCUCUUCACCAGCAGUUUUUGUUGUUGUUGUCAUUAUCUAUGUGUUCGUGUGGUUUGGCUCUAUGAUGUUCUAUGCUAGUAAUAGUCUCAUCGAAUAAGAGAAUUAUAAGUGAUUGUGUUUGUUUUCUA